GCAUGCGCUCCGCCCAUGGGACUAGGGGAGGCGGGCGAGGGGCCUGACGCGCGGCUCCGGCUCCUGCCUGUCACGCAGAGCAGGGGGCGGUGCCGCAAGCGUUUGGAAGAGCCAGGGGGAGUGGCCUUCCUCGGGAGCCCCAGCUCGGAAGGAAGUGACAGCAGCGGCGAGGAGAUCUGGUGGCGCGCGCAACGGCGGGCGAAGAUACCAGUCGUACGCACGCGCCGACCGGCUCUCCCGCGGCCAGCGCAGGCGCAGGAAAUAUCCUUGGAGCGCACGCGCGGGGGGUCGCGGGGGCUGCUGUCUCUAGCCGCCAUGGAGAGGAAAGUUCUAGCAUUGCAAGCCCGGAAGAAGCGGACUAAAGCCAAGAAGGAAAAAGCCCAGAGAAAGCCAGAAACCCAACAUCGAGGCCCUGCUGCCCAUUCAGAGAAUGAUCUUCCUGAACAAGAAGAGGAAAUCCUGGGAUCAGAUGAUGAUGAGCAGGAAGAUCCCAAUGAUUACUGCAAAGGAGGCUACCAUCUUGUUAAAAUAGGGGAUCUGUUUAAUGGAAGAUACCAUGUGAUCCGGAAGCUGGGAUGGGGACACUUUUCUACAGUGUGGUUAUCUUGGGACAUCCAGGGGAAGAGGUUUGUGGCAAUGAAAGUUGUAAAGAGUGCUGAACACUACACAGAAACAGCAUUGGAUGAAAUCAAACUGCUGAAAUCUGUCCGCAAUACUGACCCAGACGACCCAAACAGAGAGAGAGUAGUUCAGUUAUUAGAUGACUUCAAAAUCUCAGGAGUAAAUGGUUCCCAUAUUUGUAUGGUGUUUGAAGUUUUAGGGCACCAUCUUCUGAAAUGGAUCAUCAAAUCAAAUUAUCAGGGUCUUCCACUACUCUGUGUAAAAAGAAUCAUCCACCAGGUUUUGCAGGGACUGGACUAUUUGCACGCCAAGUGUCGGAUUAUCCACACUGAUAUUAAACCAGAGAACAUUCUGCUGUGUGUUAAUGACCAGUACAUCCGCAGGCUGGCUGCAGAAGCAACAGAGUGGCAGAGAUCUGGAGCCCCCCCUCCUUCUGGCUCUGCAGUGAGUACUGCACCACAGCCCAAACCAGCUGACAAAAUGUCAAAAAAUAAGAAAAAGAAAUUGAAAAAGAAACAGAAACGACAAGCGGAGCUGCUGGAGAAGCGAAUUCAGGAAAUUGAGGAGAUGGAGAAGGAAGCAAUCCCUCUGCAAGUAGAGCCUGAGGAGCAGCAAGAGGAGCAGCAAGAAAUUCCACAGCCACUUGAGCUGCUCUUAAAAGAAAGCCCUCCAGAUGAAGAGCUGCCAGAAAAGACAGAUGACAUUUCCCUUGUAUCAGAGCAAGCUGUCUUAAUGGAAGGAGUUGAAAAAUGCAUAACAGAGAUCAACUGUAAUGGAGUGGUGCAAAUGGCUGCCUUCUCAGAGUCCAUCAACCAAGUGUCAGUGAGACUCGAGGAAGACCUUCACAAUGCCAAUGAUUGCAGCAGGCCCUCUCAGGAGCAGGAGGAGGAGGAAGAGGAGGAAAGCUGUGCUUACAACCAAAGUAAUGGUGGCCCAGAGGCCAGAAUACAGGAAGCAUUUUCAGACUCCUGCGAGCCCUUAAUUUCGGAGGUUGCAGAUUCAAUGAUAUGCCAAGCAGCUUCAAGCGACCAACAGUAUUUUAGUGAACAGCAGAUCAGCCAUUUGCAAGAGAGCAUCAGGGCAGAAAUCCCUUCGGAGGAUGAGAAUGAGAAUAAUGAGUCAUCUGAGAACAGCCAAGGAAAAUCGGCUGCUGGAAAUUUCCUCCUUAAUCCUCUUGAGCCAGUGAAUGCAGAUAAGCUCAAAGUGAAGAUAGCUGACCUAGGAAAUGCUUGCUGGGUGCAUAAACAUUUCACUGAGGACAUUCAGACACGGCAAUACCGAUCUUUGGAAGUAUUGAUUGGAGCCGGUUAUAGCACCCCAGCUGAUAUUUGGAGUACAGCCUGCAUGGCCUUCGAACUGGCUACGGGUGACUAUCUGUUUGAGCCUCACUCUGGGGAAGAUUACUCAAGGGAUGAAGACCAUAUUGCAUUAAUCAUAGAACUUCUGGGGAAAAUACCUCGCAAGCUCAUUGUGGCUGGAAAAUACUCCAAGGAGUUCUUCACCAAAAAAGGUGAUCUGAAGCACAUCACCAAACUGAAGCCAUGGGGCCUUUUUGAAGUUUUGGUGGAGAAAUACGAGUGGUCCCAAGAAGAGGCAGCUGCAUUCACAGACUUCUUAUUACCUAUGCUGGAACUGAAUCCUGAGAAGAGAGCUACAGCAGCACAGUGUCUCAGGCACCCCUGGCUCAACUCCUAGAUGUAUUGGCCCUAUAACUGGGUUUACAGCAUAAUAUAUACACACCUAGAUGUCCCAGCUGCCCCUUCCCUCUCCUCCCAGGUCAAUUUUUUCCUUGUUGAUUUUCAGAGUGAAGCUUCUCCUUGAGGGCUUUUGAGAUUUUAGAUAAAUCUAACCGUUCAUGUGA